AUGAACCACUCCUUCCAGGUCCUCAGGGACCAGUAUAGUUCGGCCUUGAAACGCUUCAUCGAGUCAACCAAGGACUUCGAGGUCAUCACAUCACUACCCCUCGAACCCCGCCAAUCACACACCCCGGAAGUGGUCUACGUGUUAGACUCCUCCUUCAACCCUCCAACUUUCGCGCACCGCCGUAUCGCGUGCUCCGCUAUUCUUGAGAACCCCGGGAAGCCCGCUCGUCUUCUCCUUCUCCUUGCAACUCAGAAUGCGGAUAAACCUUCCAAGCCGGCCUCGUUCGAGGACCGGUUGAUUAUGAUGCAGCUUUUUGCCCAGGACCUUUUAGCAUUCUUGCGCUCCGAGAUCCCAGCCGCGAAUCAGGAGAGUAUCCCUGUGAUUGACAUUGGCGUCACGAAAAAGCCGUACUUCGUGGAUAAAGCGGCGGAAAUUGAGUCUGCAGGAAUAUAUCCGCAAGGCCUCGAGCAGGUACACCUCAUUGGCUACGACACCUUGAUACGAAUCUUCAAUCCCAAGUACUACCCACCGGAGCACACUCUGCAACCGUUAGAACCAUUUCUUUCGAAACACCGGCUGCGAGUUACCAUGCGCCCGGAUAGUGAAUGGGGAAGUAGAGCUGAACAAGAGGCAUAUCUCGCCAAUAUAGCUCGAGGAGGGCGGGAAAGCGAAGGCGCGAAGCCAGAAUGGGCGCAGCGCAUUAGACUCGUGGAAGGAAAGAAGCCUGAAGAGAAGUCCGUGAGUUCCACGAGAGCUCGAGAAGCUAUCCGGACGAAGUCGCAAGAUCUCGAAUGGCUGGUCCCCCGGGAUGUUCAAGACUUUAUCCUAACAGUCCAACCUUAUUCAGAGUAG